GCCAAGUUCUUCUGAAGCUGAGGAAUCUGAACAGCGCCAGAGUUCGGCAGACGAGUCGAAAGAGGCUGGGUCCGGAUCCGAAGAUAAAUCCGACCAUGAAGACUCUUCCCAGUCGGCAAGCAACCACAACUCCACUAGUGACUCGGAUGCCUCAUCCUUCGGCACUUGUAAGAAGCGCAGCGGGCAUGAGAAGUGUCUAAAAGACAGGUGUCUGAAGGCCGAAGACUCUGGAGACGGCCCGCAAAGCUCCAGCGAGCCCGACAGUACCCAACCUUCAGGCGACAGCCGGAAGACCGAAUCCUCUACCGAUAAUCAGAGCGAGGCGGCGACUAGUGAGGUCAAGAAGGGUAAAAAGAAGGCCAAGAAGGGUAAGCCAGCAUCGUCAACUGAGACUGCAUCUACCACCGAGGUAACGAGCAAUGACAUGAGCGCCAAUGACAACGCCUCGACGGAUCCCAACAUAACAGCCGAAGGCUCGUCCAAGGAUUCCACUUCAAAUUGCAACACGGUCAGCUCUAAGCAAAGCACCACUCCCAAUGACUCGGGAUGGAGCAUCUCGGAAGACUACAUCCUUAAAGGCAUGAAGGAAAGUGACCAACCAGCCACCUGGGCCGACAUCGGCAGCGCCCUCAACAGGAGUAAAAGUGAAGUUAGGGCCCGUUGGAAGCUCAUCAAGGAUCAGGUUCGGCCUCAGCAACCCUCCGCAGAUGACACUACCGAGCCCGAACCGACAGGUGACAGUGAUCAGGCCGGUGGUGAAGCCAGUCCCGUCGAAGAAGAUGAUGGUGAUGACGGCAGGGACAAAGGCAAGGCCGCAACCUCUUCCGUCACGUCUCACGGGGACUCGAAUGGUAGCAACGUCAACGGGGAGGGAAAUGGGAAGGGGAAGGGGAAGCAGGCCUCCAAUACCAACAAGUGGCACAAGGGCACCCGAAACGACAAGGUGGCCUCUGAGAACAAACAAGCCAAAGCCGAGGCUACAAAAAUUCAGCAGGAAACAUCCAAGAUCCUCUCGGGAGAAGAGGCGUCAUCCGAGUCCUCCGCCUCGUCAUCUUCUUCAUCACAGUCUUCCUCCAUCUCCCAACUCGACUACGGCAACUCUGAGAAGAAUGACGAGAUGCGCUAUCUCCAAGACCACAUAUACGCAGACCUAUAUCCCGCGGCCAUCCACCCUGAGCCAGACGCCUAUCUCAGCAAGCGGGACUGUGAGCUCCUAGCCGCAAUCGACAGCAAACAGAAGUGCUCGCGGUGGCUCGAGAUGCAGGCCAACUUCUUCAACGUCACUGGCCGUAUGGUGCCUCUCGACGCUAUCCGGGCAAGAUGUGAGCGCGCCGAGGAGAGGGAGAUAUCAAAUGCUCGCCAGACCGGACGGGACCUGGCUGAUCGCCUAGAGAAGGUCGAGCAAUGGGUCACUAAGGUGUCACAGGAGGACGUUGACGAUCGAGAAAACUAGUGAGGACAAACGGGGCUCAUCAGUUGGCCACCACUUAACCAGCGGAUAGAUUUGUUCGUCCUCAAACACUCCUCUGAUGGGAGACAUGAAGCGUGGUAUGGUAUCAAGGGGCGUUUUCGAGGCAGGAAUGUAAUGGAAGCGUUUGAUGGUUGUUGUGACUCAUGAGAAUUGAGAAACCCGCAACUCAAGUCCAGAAGAGGCCCGAGAAGA